GGCGGGCGGCGGAGGAGGCGGCGGCGGAGGAGGAGAGUGGGGGCCCGGGGAGCGGCGACCUUCGCAGGGGGCUGCCGCGGCGGGAGAUGCGCUUGCUCCCAGCGGCGCCAGGAGCAGCAUGUUCCCCGGUGCCGACAGCGCUAGCAGCACGGCCGGGCAGCCCGAGGCGGCGGGGGCUACCGCCCCCGGCCCGCUGGGCUCGCACGGCCCCGGCGGCGAGACGCGCCGCCGCAGCGCCCCGGCGGCCGCCGCUGUGGCCGGCGGCGGCGAGGAGGAGGCGGCGGAAGACGAGGAGGACGAGGACCCCGGCUCGUCCCGCUUCUUGCUGGCGGCGGGGCUGGGACUGCUGGCCGUGUCUGUCGUCCACCUGGGACAGGAACGGGCCGAGGCGGCGGGCGGCGGGCCGCCGUGCCUGGCGCUGCUGCUGCUCCGCCUCGCCCUCUAUGCGGGCUGCGCCGCCGCGGCCGCCGCGCUGGGCACCCUCAUCGUCCUGAUGUGCCGCGGCCGCCGCCGUCUGCCGCCGCCGGACUUCGCCGCCGCCGCUCCGGUCCGGCGGGUCGCGGGGAGUAAUUGGUCUGGAAGCUCCCAUGAUUCAAUCCAAUCAAGGAGAGUGGUUAUUUCUCACAAUAUGGAUAAAGCACUGAAAGAAGUGUUUGACUACAGCUAUAGAGAUUACAUCCUGUCCUGGUAUGGGCAACUCAGCAGAGAUGAAGGGCAGCUGUACCAGCUGCUAUCUGAAGACUUUUGGGAGAUUGCCAAGCAGCUGCGACAGAGGCUGAGUCACAUUGAUGUAGUUAAAGUUGUCUGCAAUGAUGUAGUGAAAGCUUUACUCUCGCACUUCUGUGACCUUAAAGGAGCCAAUGCCAGGCAGGAAGAUCCACCAAGACCUUUUUUGCUGCACUCAUGCUUGAGGAGCCCUGAUGAAGAAGUAAGAUUUCUGCAAAAAUGUUCUCAAGUCCUGGUGUAUUGUCUCCUACCCUCAAAGGAUGUCCAAUCUGUCAGCUUGCGCAUAGUCCUUGCAGAAAUACUUGCAACAAAAGUACUGAAACCAGUGGUGGAACUGCUGAGUGAUCCAGAUUAUAUUAACCGAAUGCUACUCAGCCAGCUGGAGUACAGAGAACAGAUGAAUGAGCAUCAGAAGAAAGACUACACAUAUGCUCCUUCUUAUGAGGAGUUCAUCAAGCUCAUCAACAGCAGCUCCGAUGUUGAGUUCCUGAAACAACUGAGGUAUCAAAUUGUAGUGGAAAUAGUUCAGGCAACCACAAUCAGCAAUAUUCCCCAAAUGAAGAGGCAGAAAGAUUCAAAGGGAAAAGAAACUGCAGCAAUGAAAGCUGACCUACUAAGGGCUCGCAAUGUGAAGAGGUAUAUUAAUCAGCUGACGGUGGCAAAGAAGCAAUGUGAGAAGAGAAUAAGGCUCCUGGGAGGGCCUGCUUAUGAUCAGCAGGAAGAUGGCAUUUCUGAUGAAGGUGAUGGCCCUCAGAGUCAGAAGAUUCUUCAAUUCGAAGAAAUUUUGGCCAACCCUUCAUACCGAGAGCACUUCCGAAUCUAUAUGGAAAGGAUGGACAAGAUGGCUUUGAUCGGUCUUUGGGAGUCUGUGGAGAAUUUGAAGAGUGCUAACAAGUCUGAAAUACCUCAGCUGGUGAGUGAAAUUUAUCAGAAUUUUUUUGUGGAAAGCAGAGAAAUACCUGUGGAAAAAUCCCUUUAUAAAGAAAUACAGCAAAGUCUUGUGGGAAAUAAAGGCAUUGAAGUAUUCUACAGAAUUCAGGCAGAUGUUUACGAAACUCUAAAGGACAGAUACUACCCCUCAUUCAUUGUCAGUGAUUUAUAUGAGAGAUCAGUCAAGAAGGAAGAAGAAAGAAGUUCUGCUCAGCUGACUCCUGAGGACAAAGAUGAAGUGAGCCAAGGUUGUGAAGAAGCUACUGAAGAAUGCAGCACAAGAAUUAAUGAACAGGCCAGUUAUGCUGUUAAUAAACUUCGCCAGCUAAAUGACAAGCUUGAGUAUAAGAAACAGGCUCUAAAUUCCAUAUGUAAUUCACCAAAACCCGACAAAAAGAUUGUUUCUAAGCUGAAAGAUGAAAUUACUCUGAUGGAGAGAGAGCACAGUGAUCUUCAGCUGCACAUUGCAAGAACGGACUGGUGGUGUGAGAAUCUUGGCAUGUGGAAAGCCUUCAUUGUCUCAGGCGAGGUUUUAGAAGAGAAUGGAGAACAAGUGCCCUGUUACUCUGUCAUGGUGAGUUUACAAGAAGUUGGUGGAGCUGAAACUAAGAACUGGACUGUUCCCAGGAAGCUCAGUGAGUUUCAGAACCUACACCGCAAACUCAGUGAGUGUUUUCCAUCAUUAAAAAAAGUUCAGUUGCCUUCUCUCAGCAAGCUGCCCUUCAAAUCCAUAGACCAGAAGUUCAUGGAGAAAUCCAAGAACCAGCUUAAUAACUUUCUGCAGAAAUUACUCUCUGAUGAAAGACUCUGCCAGAGUGAAGCACUUUAUGCCUUCUUGAGCCCUUCCCCAGAGCACCUCAAAGUUAUUGAUGUGCAAGGAAAGAAGUCAUCUUUUUCACUCUCCUCAUUUCUCGAACGACUUCCUGGUGAUUUGUUUUCUCAUCAGGAGGAAGAAACAGAAGAGGAUAGUGACCUGUCGGACUAUGGAGAGGAGGUGGAUGGGAAAAAGGACUCUCUUGCUGAACCAUGUUUCAUGCUGAUUGGAGAGAUUUUUGAACUGCGAGGAAUGUUCAAAUGGGUCAGGAAAACAUUAAUUGCACUAGUACAAGUCACUUUUGGAAGAACUAUCAACAAGCAAAUCCGUGACACUGUACACUGGAUGUUCAGUGAACCAAUGCUUGUUUACUACAUUGGUGUGUUUCGAGAUGCUUUUUGGCCAAAUGGAAAGUUAGCACCACCACCGAGAGCCAAGAGCGAUGAACAAAAGCAAGAGACAAAACAGAGAGCACAGCAAAAACUGCUUGAAAACAUUCCAGAUACUCUGCAGAAUCUUGUUGGACAACAAAAUGCCCGUCAUGGUGUAGUGAAAGUGUUCAAUGCGUUGCAAGAAAGGAAGGCUAACAAGCAUCUACUUUAUGUUUUGCUGGAACUGCUGCUAACUGAGCUGUGUCCUGAGCUGAGAGCUCAUUUAGAGCAGCUUAACACCACUUAGGUUUGAAUCUGCACAACUGGACCACUAGAGAAAUGUCUAUGUUCGAUAAUAGACAUGAAACUUAUUUUCCUCUUUUCCAUAGAGGGCUGAGGACUAUGAUUAUUUUUAGCAUUUUUCUUUCCUCUUGAGUUUUUUUGUGAAGUAAACAGACUUGAAAAGAUCUGAUGCUGUAGUAGGGUAGACAAAACAAUGCUGUAUAGCUGCCAAUUUUUAUUUAAAUUGUUCUAUUUGACUACUCUUCUGUUUCAAAUAUAGAUUGAAAAAUAAAUGUUCAUAUAUGCUGAAAGAAACCAGAAAAUAUUUUAAACAUUUAUGAAAAGAAAUUUUGCUUAUAGUGGAAAACUAAUGAAUGUUGUACAGUUCUAAUCUCCUCACUGAGGAUCUGAGCAUUCCUCUUUUUUUUCUUGUGUAUUGAAAAAGCCUUGUUGUGCAAUACUACAUGUAAAGCUAUUGUGAAAAUUUUAUCAAUUUUGUUUUUACCAAAGAUUUCCUGUAGUUUGAAGCAUUUGUAAGCAAUAAAUAUCACAACUGGAUUGUAGUAUUUGAUAGUGAGGCUGUACUGACAACUAAUGAAUGAGUUUGACAGCACUAGUUUCAUAAGAAAUAUCUACAUUGCUUUGAAGUCUGUGUCAAAAUUAUGUAUUGUAAACUGGUAUGUCCUAACAGAAUGCCUGUGUUAAAUGUUAGUUCAGAGAUCACUGCUUAUGAAUUGCUUCUAUGAAUGAUCAAGCAGACAUUUAAUUAAACCAUUCUAAUAACUUCCCUGAUAUUACUCAGGGCUCUUUUAUUCAAAUACCCCACUUUCAAACAACCUUCAGAUAUUCCCUUAUUUUAUACCAGGAAAGGAAACUGUCUUCAGUGGUUUUUUGCUUUUGGUUAUUUUUUUAAUUUAUGUAAAAAUAUGUAAAUAUGGUCUUAAUGCACAUCUAAAUAAUUAAACAUCAUCAGAAAUCCCAAGGUGACACUCAUUACUGUCUUUUCAAUUCAGUACAGUUGUGCUCUUAGAAAAACUACUUGCAGUUAAAAUUGGCUGUAUUGUAAGGUACAUGCCAUCUGUAUUCUAUAUUUAAUCAACAAUUUAGUAACAUCCAGCUUUCUGUUCCAACAGAUUCAGGAAAGUUUUCAGGUCAUGGCACAGUUCUAAGAAGCAAGCCAAAUUUGGCACUUAAAAAGUUUUAUAAGUAAGUGGGUAUUUAGAAAUGUGCAAGCUUACCAUAGCAAUUAAGUUUUACUAGUGGUUAAUCAAAGUAUCUUUUGAUAAAAGACUGAGCAUGACAUUGCUCAGACAUACUCCUAGCCAAAAGGUUUUCAACAAUUUCUAACACAAACAGAGGCAAUGUAAAUGCAAUAUGAAGGAUUAAGGAAAACAGGCUUCAUGCUGAGAAUGUAUAUUGAAUAUUUCCUUACUCAUGUUUGGAGGUUUUUUCCCAUAGUUCUGUAAGUAGUAUUUAAUAGUUUUACAAGCUGGCAUGGCUUGAACUGUAAAGCUUAGUGUCUUACAGGCCAGUUUCCAACUUCAAAUCUCUGCAAUCCAAGAGUAAAAUGUGUAAAGACACUUAAGUAGAUCUAGAUGCAUUAGAAAGCAUGUGAAAGAAAGUAUACAUACUGCUAACAAAGAUAAGGUUUAAAAAUGGCCGUAGUCUGGGAAUGGACUGUAUGUGAAAACUAGACAAGUUUGGGUUGAAACUUUUCAGAAUAUUAAAAGAAACACUACCUAUGCAGAAAGGAAAAAACUAUUUUUAUUUGGUUUUGGCUUGAUUCAUGUGCUAUAUAGCAGUAUGACAUAAAGAAAAUAUAUCUGUUCCCAGAUAAAUGUCCUUAAUAGAACUUUAAGUCUUUAAUACUAUUUUAAAAAGUCUGCCUUGGCUUCAUCUCAGUUAAAGAAAGAGUGAGCUUUUUUCUUUAUUUUAGAUAAAAUGAAUCAGGAAAUUGCUUUAAAUAAGAAUUUAGAGAAAGUUGAAAACAAGCAGUAAGUAAGGCACAGUCUGUAAUUGCUGGAGAUUAAUGAUGAUUUACUGUAGGAAAUACAUUUAUAUACCAGUCAUAGUUAAAGGAAGCGCUAAAUUCUCCCAAGAUUAGCUGCCACUUCAAGGUCAGAGGCAACAGCAGGAUCCAGGUGGCAUGCCUUUGAAAACAAAGAAUACAAGUGUUCUGGUUUAUAGCUACAAUAAAAUUUAAAAUUAGCA